AAGGUGAACGGAAAUAGGAAGACUUGUAUGGGGGAGGAAGCAAAAUGAGUGCUCGGUGGCUACCUCUCACGGUCCUUUUCUUAUGGGCCUUCUCUCUUUAUUCAACGUCUGCUGAUAAUGGCGUAAAAAGGAUGAAAAUGCAGUAUGCCACAGGGCCACUGCUUAAAUUCCAAAUAUGUAUUUCCUGAGGGUACAAGCGGGUGUUUGAGGAGUACACGCAGGCCUUGUACCAGCGUUACCCAGACAUCCGCAUCGAGGGAGAAAAUUAUCUUCCUAACCCCAUUUACCGACACGUCGCUUCCUUUCUUUCUGUGUUCAAGCUAGCCCUGAUCGGACUGAUCAUAGUAGGAAAAGACCCAUUUACCCCCUUUGGUGUGGAAACUCCGGGGGUGUGGACUUGGGGUCAAGAGAACAAGAUUUAUGCCUGCAUGAUGGUGUUCUUCUUCAGCAAUAUGAUUGAGAAUCAGCUUAUGUCAACAGGUGCAUUUGAAAUCUCGCUGAAUGAUGUGCCAGUUUGGUCUAAACUGGAGUCGGGUCACCUGCCCUCCAUGCAGCAGCUGGUGCAGAUUCUGGAGAAUGAGAUGAAGAUGAACGUUCACAUGGACACACUUCCGCACGCUCGCUCCUAACCCAGUCUCUGCCCUGUCAUAUGGAGCCUGGGAGCCAAACAUGUUUUAGGUGAGCAUCUCUUAAGGCUGUGGGACCUUUUUUAUGAAGGUUUGUGCUGAAAGCAGAUUCUCUGCUAGCGCAGGCCGGAUGUCCUGAUUGGCUCUCACCAUGCCCCUGGAGAUGCUGGUCCUAUUGAUGUGCUGGAAUCCCUUGCAAACUUUGUGGCUGUUUUACUACUGGAGAUGAUUCUUCCCUGUGCAACUAGUUGUAUAGAUAUGCAUUUCUCAACACAAAACCUUUGAAGUACACAGUUCUGUUUGACUUUGUUUUUUUUCUGUUUUUUUUCUGGUUUUCUUUUUGUUUCUCAUAUUCUGAGUAUAAUUACACCCAAAUGUGAGAAACACCAUUGUUGUCAGGUGCCAGAACUUAACAAGAAAUUGGCAGCCAAGUAAGGUUUAGAUCUUUAAAUCAGAUAAUACUGUGUACAUCUAUGGCUAUCAGAGACUUGAACAAAUGCUAACACCCCCAUUUAGAUAAUGACUAGCGCAAUCUAUUCGUCCUCCCUACCCCCCCAUGUGUCCUCAGAACAUGAUUCUUUUAUAAUUUAAUAGCUAAUUUAUUCACUUAAUUCAGUCAGAAAGAGCUUAACAAUUUAGCAAAUGUUUUAAUUUCUGAGCCAUUGUAAUUUUUAUAUUUCUUUGUAUAGCAGAAUGUGAGGGCUACAACAAUAAAAUUGAUUCUAACCA